AUGGGACUAUAUAAUAGAGAAUAUUUAUACGCCACCUGUGUCAAAUUUGACUUUCAUGUCCUUUCAUGUGCUCAAAAUGGUGAACACAAGAGAGAGACGAAAACUAAUUCCAUACUCAAGAAACUCGAAAAAUGCCUAUCAAUCGGCAAAAAGUCGACCGAAAAUAACGAGAGCCGCCAAAAGGCGAAUAGAAUAGCUCCAACCGGAUGUUUCUCGGUUUACGUGGGGCCCGAGAAGCAGAGGUUCGUGAUCAAGACCGAAUUCGUGAACCACCCUUUGUUCAGAAUGCUGCUCGAGGAUGCUGAGCUGGAGUACGGGUUCGCGAACACGGGCCCUUUGCACCUGCCUUGUGAGGUUGACCUUUUUGUCAAAGUCUUGGCCCAAAUGGAAUGUGAAGAUGACGAGAAUGAUGACACGAGGGAUUUUUAUGGUCACUAUGUUUAUCCUUGUGGGUUUAGCCCUUUUAACCACACGAGGCGUCGUUUGGGGAAAAGCGGCUCGGUUGGGGGGUGUGGGCCCUACCACCUUCACACGCCGCCGAGGUUUGUCAAGAUCAAUCAUUAUGGUUAAAUUUAAAUUGAAGCAUAUCCUAUUAGGAUUGUCAAAGCUUCGGUUAAAAGUGUGAUUUAUACCCUUGGUUAAUGUAUCUGGAAAGCUUUUUGUAUUAUCGCCUUAA